GGAGGAUGGCGGCCGGCAAGAGCGGCGGCAGCGCUGGGGAGAUUACUUUUCUGGAAGAACUCCCAUGGCCACAGUUUGAAUGAAGAGGGACUCUACAUGUUUGCCAUUCAGUCUUCUUCCUUCAGAUCAGCUUUGGCUAGAUCAGAGUCUAAAAGAGAUGGAGGUUUUAAAAAUAAUUGGAGCUUUGAUCAUGAAGAAGAAAGUGAAGGAGAUACAGAUAAAGAUGGGGCAAAUCUACUCAGUGUAGAUGAAGAUGAGGAUUCUGAAACCUCAAAAGGAAAAAAGUUAAGUCGCCGAUCUGAAAUUGUUGCUACUAGUUCUGGUGAUUUCAUCUUGAAGGCAUAUGUAAAGCGAAACAAGACUGACAGUUUUAAAACUUUGAAAGGCAACCCAAUUGGACUUAACAUGUUGAACAACAACAAGAAAUUAAGUGAAAAUACACAAAAUGCAUCAUUAUGUUCUGGAACUAUAGUUCAAGGUAGACGUUUUCAUCAUGCUCAUACACAGAUACCAGUAGUAAAAACAGCAGCACAAAGCAGUCCGGACCGAAAAGAAAGGAAAGAAUACCCACCCCAUAUUCAAAAAGUUGAAAUUAAUCCUGUAAGGUUAAGUCGACCCCAAAGUGUUGAACGUGUAGUAAAGAAAACAGAAGACUCCGAAUCACACAUGGAGCCCGAAAUUAAGAGGAAAGUACAACAGAAAAGGCACUGUAGUACCUUUCAGCCUACUCCUCCUCUGUCUCCUGCUUCAAAAAAAUGUUUAACCCACUUAGAGGUUUCUGAACAGCGUGAAUGCUGUCCAAAAUGUGGAAAAGAAAAAGAAAAUCAGACCAAAUGCCAGCGUUGCAGUAAUCUUUUUCCUAAGGGUUUGCAAAGAAAUUGCAGGCAAGCUAUAACUUUGAAUGAAUCUACUGGACCAUUAUUAAGAGCAUCAAUUCAUCAGAAUGCUGGAGGACAGAAGUCACAAAACACAGGAUUAACAACUAAGAAGUUUUAUGGCAACAGUGUAGAAAAAGUUCCAAUUGAUAUUAUUGUGAGUUGUGAUAAUUAUUUACAGACUAAUGGAAAAGUUAUUUUACCUGGAGCAAAAAUACCCAAAAUCACAAACUUGAAAGAUAGAAAAACGAACUUGUUAGACCUAAGUGAUCCAAUCAUUUUGUCCAGUGAUGAUGAUGAUGACAAUGACAGGACUAACAGAAGAGAGAGCAUAUCUCCCCAACCUGCUGAUUCAGCAUGUUCAUCCCCAGCACCAUCCACAGGAAAAGUAGAAGCAGCACUAAAUGAAAAUAUGCACAGAGUUGAACAUGAACUAAGAAGAAUUUCUGCAGAAUCAGAGUUAAAUACAGUUACAUUACCAAGAAAAGCAAGAAUGAAAGACCAGUUUGGCAAUUCUAUCAUUAACACACCUUUAAAACGUCGUAAAGUGAUUUCUCAAGACACUUUAGUUGAUCCUAUCUCUUUAAGCUGCCAAAGUUCUUUUGACAGUGUCAUUUUAAACUGUCGAAGUAUACGAGUAGGAACCAUCUUCCGACUAUUAAUAGAGCCUGUAAUCUUUUCUUUAGAUUUUAUCAAGAUACAUCUAGACGAACCAGAAAGUGAUCCUGAGGAGAUUAUUUUAAAUACCUCUGAUCUAACUAAAUGCGAAUGGUGUAAUGUCCGAAAAUUACCAGUAGUGUUUCUUCAGACAAUACCAACAGUUUAUCAAAAGCUAAGUAUAGAACUACAGAUGAAUAAGGAGGAUGAAGAUUGGAAUAACUGUAAAGGGAUAAAUAAGUUAACAAAUUUGGAAGAACAGUAUAUAAUUUUAAUUUUUCAAAAUGGCCUUGAUCCUCAGGCAAAUAUGGUAUUUGAAAGUAUCAUUACUGAAAUUGGUAUAAAGAAUAAUGUUUCCAAAUUUUUUAUGAAAAUUCCCUUCGAAGAAGCUAAUAGCAGACUUGUUGCCUGUACAAGAACCUAUGAAGAGAGCAUCAAAGGCAGUUGUGUGCAAAAAGAAAACAAAAUUAAAACUGUAUCCUUUGAGUCUAAAAUACAGCUUAGAAACAAACAGGAAUUCCAGUUUUUUGAUGAUGAGGAAGAAGCUGGAGAGAACCACACCAUCUUCAUUGGCCCUGUAGAAAAAUUGAUAGUAUAUCCACCACCUCCAUCUAAAGGAGGUAUUUCUGUUACUAAUGAGGACCUGCACUGUCUAAAUGAAGGAGAAUUUUUAAAUGAUGUUAUUAUAGACUUUUAUUUGAAGUAUUUGGUGCUUGAGAAACUGAAAAAGGAAGAAGCUGACCGAAUUCAUAUAUUCAGUUCUUUUUUCUAUAAACGCCUUAAUCAGAGAGAGAGGAGAAGUCAUGAAACAACUAAUCUAUCAUUACAGCAAAAGCGACAUGGGAGAGUGAAAACGUGGACCCGGCAUGUAGAUAUUUUUGAGAAGGAUUUUAUUUUUGUACCCCUUAAUGAAGCUGCACACUGGUUUUUGGCUGUUGUUUGUUUCCCUGGUUUGGAAAAGCCAAAACAUGAACCUAAUCCUCAUUACCAUGAAAAUGCAGUCACUCCAUAAUGUUCACCUGCAGAAGACAGUUGUAUUUCUUCUCCUUCAGCCAGUGAAAUGGACAGUUGUUCACAAAAUUCUUCUGCCAAGCCUGUGAUUAAGAAGAUGCUAAACAAAAAGCAUUGCGUAGCUGUAGUUGAUGCAAGUGCUGGGCAGGAAGAAAGUGACCCUCGUUAUCGGAAAAACAUAUACAAUGUGAAAUGUAGUAUGAAGAAAAUAAAUCACGCUGCAAGUGAAAAUGACGAAUUGAAUAAAGGAGAAUCUUCAUGCCAGAAAACUGCUGAUAGGACUAAAAAUGAAAAUGGUCUACAGAGUGAAAGUUUAAGUUCUAUGCAUCAUACAGAUGGCUUAAGCAAAAUUAGACUCAACUAUAGUGAUGAAUCAAAUGAAGGUAGUAAAAUGCUUGAAGAUGAACUCAUUGACUUCUCAGAAGAUCAGGAUAACCAGGAUGACAGCAGUGAUGAUGGAUUCCUUGCUGAUGAUAACUGCAGUUCAGAAAUAGGACAGUGGCAUUUAAAACCUACUAUUUGUAAACAACCUUGUAUCCUACUUAUGGACUCACUUAGAGGCCCUUCUCGAUCGAAUGUUGUCAAAAUUCUGAGAGAGUAUUUAGAGGUGGAAUGGGAAGUUAAAAAAGGAAGUAAAAGAAGUUUUUCCAAAGAUGUUAUGAAAGGCUCUAAUCCCAAAGUACCAUAGCAAAACAACUUCAGUGAUUGUGGUGUGUACGUAUUGCAGUAUGUAGAGAGCUUUUUUGAGAAUCCAAUUCUCAGUUUUGAACUACCUAUGAAUUUGGCAAAUUGGUUUCCUCCCCCAAGAAUGAGAACAAAAAGAGAAGAAAUCCGAAAUAUAAUUCUGAAGCUGCAGGAAGAUCAGAGCAAAGAGAAGAAGAAGCAUAAGGACAGUUACUCAGCAGAGGCAUCUCUAGCUGAAGGAACAGAACAACUGGUCAGCAGUGUUUCAGAUUGAUCAUUUCUAUCACUUGUCAGUUCUGCCUUCAGAAACUAAGUGACUUUCAACUUUGGGUAUAGAUAGUAAAAAACUGAAAUGCUCACUACUCAGAGUGAUUUGGAAAUGUUAAUGCUUGUAUAAAUGUCAUAUAAUUAAUUUCCAAAGGAGUAUGUAUUAAGUAAAAGUCUGUAAAUAUGUUAAUGAGGCCAAUUUUUUCAGCAUUUAUAAUUAUUUUUUUCACUUGUUAGGAAGCUUUUGUUAUGUAUUUUCUGUUAAUAGUACUUAAAUCUGCAACUUCAAAACACAAAAUAAAUAAAAAGAAAAUAUUUAUAGGAGGAAAUGAUUAAUUUGAUAUUCUUUAGUGAACUUGUAUAAUUCCUCAGUGGGUGUGAUAUAUUUCAUGGGAAUAUUCAAAUAUCUAUGAUAAUUUUUUGACCGUUUACAUUUGUGCUAAAGUAAUUCAAAAUGGGAAAAUAAGAUUAAAUAUAAGGAAUUUUGAACAAAGGCAUCUUCAUAUUGCUUGUAUAGAAGGGAAAAAGUAACAUCCAAUUUGUACACUCCAUGUGUUGAGAACCCAAGAAGCGAAGUGUAAUAAAUAUUUAUAAUUUUACACAAAUAUUUAAGAAGACCAAUAUUAACAGCAAUUCAAAGAAAAGUAAUCUUGAAUUAUACUACUAAAAGUUGUACUUGCAUACAUUAUUGUCAAAUACAUUUCUGAAGACAUCAGAGACUCAGGUGAAAACUAUUUUGGUAAGUGCAGCUUGAAUUUUAAGUACCCUGUGUUACCUUUCUGUAUUAUAACUUGAAGUAUGCUAUAAUCUGUGCGAUAUAGUAAAUUGAUAAACAUUUUUAAUCUGUGUAAACACAGAAAUUUAAAUAGGAAUUUACUAUUUUUUGUAAUAGCUUUUGCUAUUUUUUCAUUGCUCAUUUUGUUCUUGUUAUUUUGAUAAAGUAUCAGACUUUU